GAUUUCAGAAAAAUAGAAUUAUUUAGUUUAAAAUAAAUAUGUUUUAAGGUUUUAACUCUAAGGGUUUUGCAGGAAUAUUAAAUAAACUAUAUUUUGAAAAUAAAUAUGACUUCGAGAAAUUUAUUCACAUUAUUUUAUCGAUUUAAAAAUGGUUAUAAACAUAAAUGUAAAAGCUUAAAUAACAUUACUUUUUAUAGUUUUUCCAGCCAGUCACAUGACCGAGAAAUUACUAAGGAAUUGAGUAAUAAGUUUUUUGCUGAACCUGUACAAGAUUUAUUGUUUAAACUUACUCAUGUUGAUGUACAAAUAGCAUUUAGAAAGCGUUUUAUUGGACAAAAUCCUGACACUCCAAUUUAUAAAUUUAUGACCACUGCAGAAGUUGAAAAAAUGCAAGCUGAAGUUAAUAUUAAAGCUAAAGAAAAAGUUCAGAUGCCACCAAUAGUACCAUUACGUACUGAUUUGGGACAAGUUUUGGAAAUUAAUAAGGAUAUUAUUGGUUUUGAUAGCGCCAAAUUCAUAUUUACAGAUAUUACUUUUGGAAUAUCUGAUAAAAGACGAAUAGUUGUGGUUCGAGAACCUGAUGGAACACUGAGAAAAGCUAAUGAGGAUGAACGUCAUGCUGUCAAUCAAAUAUAUUUUCCUCAAUCAGGAAGAGAAUUAAAACAUCCUGUGAUGUUUGAUGAUACAAAUUUGAAGCCUCUUCUUGAUAAUGGCGACUAUGAAUUCAUAUUGGAUCGUGCAUGUUGUCAAUUUGAACCUGACGAUAAAAAUUACCACCGUGUUGUAUUCAGUACUUAUAAACAUGUUGAUGAUUCUAAAAAUUAUCAUGUUUUGGAGUCCACAAGACAUUUAGGACCACUAUUAUUUUACUUGGCUUUUAAUAAAAAGCCAGAUAACUUUUUAUUGUAUUGUUUACAGACUGAAAGGUUUGAUGAUGUUUUAUUGUUUAUACAAUUAUAUACAAAGAUAAAUCAAGGUCUGGAAAAUGAAUUGGACAAUUCUAAAGAUCAAUUUCAAUUAAUAGAGGAUUUCAUAAAUACUGAAUGUAUUGAUAAAGUAAACCUGAAAGAAGCAUUAAAAAGUUAUACUACAAGGAAUAGUGAAAUAUUAUCUAAAUAAAA